AUUACUCAGCUGUUAUUGGAAGAAAAGAAGUUCAAAGAUACGCAGAAGAAAUAGAUCAGUGACUGCAGAUUGGAUAGCAACUGUUGCCCUAGGGCAGCUUGCCACCAGCCAAGAGGAUAUCGAAGAAAAUAAUUCUACAAUAUCAAGUUACCAACUCCAGGCAUUUUGGGCACCAUUCCUUCUUUUGCACCUUGGUGGACCAGACACUAUCACGGCUUACUCUUUAGAAGAUAAUGAGUUGUGGCUAAGGCAUUUUCUCGGUCUUAUUGUUCAAGUUGGAGUAGCAUUUUAUGUCUUCUUACGAUCAUGGAGCAACACGGGCCUCACAUAUUUGGCGAUUCCAAUGUUUAUUUCUGGAACCAUCAAAUAUGGAGAGCGAACUUUGGUACUUUGGUCUUCGAGCACCGAUAAAUUUAGAGAUAACUUGCUCUUAAAUCAUGAUCCUAGUCUAGAUCUUGUUCAGUUGACAAAAGAACAAGAUAUCAAGGAAGAAGUGCAGAAGGAUGAGUCACAUCCACUGAUUGUAGCUUAUUUUUUGUUCAAGAGAUUUAGACAUUUAUUUGCAGGUCUACCUCUCAACAUUGAUGAAUGGAAGCUAAGCUAUAAAAUCUUUGAGAAAAAGUCACCAAAAGUGGCUUUCGAUCUGGUGACUAUUGAGCUUGGAUUCAUGUAUGAUUUUCUCUACACAAAGGCAAUCAUCAGUUAUUCUCGCUUCGGAAUAGUUCUUCGUUUUGUUAGCUUCCUUUCAUCUGUUUUUACAUUAGGUUUCUUCUCAAUCAUCAUUGACGUCCAGGCUUACUCACCAAUUGACUUAUCCGUAACUUAUGUAUUGCUCUCUGAAGCUGUUGUUCUAGAGGUUUAUGCUUUAAUCCUACAUUUUUUCUCGGACUGGACAAAACUAAUCAAUUUGACGAGGUCUAAGAGAGCAAACCAUAAUGUUCGUACAUGUCCAUCUCAAGCAGUUGUGACCAGUCGGAAGAGGUGGUUGGGAUACAUGAGAUAGUUCAACCUUCU